AUGGGUUCGCCAACGUCCGACAAAGAUUCGGACCAUCCGCUGGUGGAUCGGCAUCACGAGGAUCCGGAAUGGGUCCCGACACCAAAGGCGGCCGCAGCUCGAACUCCGCUGGACUGGAGUUCAGCGACGCAGCGUGAACCAGCGUUGUUGAGGCUCUCUACCCGCCGGGAUGUGACAAAGAUUUGGCCACGGACGGAACAAAGACCGGCGGGAAAGAAAGACGCUCGACGGUGCGAAACACCAGUGGCACGACGAGCACGCGCGCAGGAAGACCCGAAUCGCAACGAAGAACCACAGAUCAGCGCGAUUCCGGCAGCAGACACGGAACGCAAGAGAAGCCCAGAGGUGCGAUUAAAAGCAGGCGCAGCCGCCAGAAGAUACACCGGCAUCGGCAGCUCACCACUCCCACAUCAUCGGGCUCGGCCCGAACGGAAUCCGCGCGGAAGAAGACGCAAAAAAGGCCCCAAAAAGGGGCCUUUUGUGUGGAGUUUUCGCUCGACGGGCGCAGCAUCGCACGGAGCAAGUGGCAAUCGACCAGCAUCGCCGUCGGACACUGUGACCAGCGGCGGAUCGGCUGGGCGAGCGGACAUCGGCCGAAAUCACUGUCGAACGCCAGCCUACGGCGUUUCGGCGGAGCGGCGAGUGGAAGACAUUCAUCACAUCGGCUCGGAGAAGUCGUGUGCCAGCGAGCCGGAUUUGAAGAACGGCGACGUGCGCCGAGGAGCAGCAUCGCCAAGGGCGGUGGCGGAAGAACACAGCUGGAUGAGCGGGCUGAGCAGCACGCGAAGGGGGUAG